AGGGCGGGACUCGAGAUGCACACACACUCAAAGUUGCCUAGAAGCCGCCUGGAACCUCUCUCUCUUCCCGGCGCCGCUUCCAAGUCCUGCAGCGCAGCCGCGGCCGCCUCUGUCCCUGGACCCACGCCGCCGCAUCCUCCGUGGGAAGCAGCAGGCAGUUUGGGGGCGAGGGAGACCCUCCAGGGAAGAAGGAGCCCGCAGGCAUUUGCGAAGGAAGGGAGCAGCCGGCCAUCCGCGGGGACCGGGGACAAGAUGAUGGCAUGCACGGAGAUGCUGACAAUGUGCUUGCUCUCUGCCAAGCACGCCUACAGCCCCAAACCCAGCGAGACCCCGCAGCGCUUGGGCAAAGGCAUGGCCAUCUUCCACGAUAUUUUUCGGCGAGCCGACAAGAAUGAUGAUGGGAAGUUGUCAUUUGAAGAGUUUAAAAAUUGUUGUGCUGAUGGCAUCCUCAGCUCCGAAGAACUGUGGGAGCUGUUCAACAGCAUUGAUAGGCGUCAUUCAGGCAAUUUAGAGACGGAAAAGUUUUGUGAUUAUUUCUCAGAACAUCUUGGAGAAUAUAAGCAUGUUCUGACUGCUUUGGAGCAACUCAACACUGCUGUCUUGUCAGCCAUGGAUAAAACCAAACUGGUGUAUGAGAGCUCUUCCAAGAUGGAACAGUUUGUGACUCGCUUCCUAUUGCGGGAGACGAUGAACCAGUUACAAUCCUUGCAGGUUUCGUUGGAGUGGGCUUCAGACACCAUUGAAGAACAAGCUGGCAGAGAAAGGAAUAACGUAAAGAAAUCACAAACUCUUGUUGGCCCACGUGCUAUAAAAAGAUGUGGCCGUAGAGUUCAGAAGAACAUCUGCUUGUCUCCUACAGAUCCUUACUCAGGGAUGCUGACCACAGGUGUUUGUGUGAACACCAACAGCCACUGGACUACUCAGGUUGAUCAGCUACAGCAGCUUAUUGACAAACUGGAAUGUAAGAGUCCAAGGUUGGAACCCCUGAAAGAUAAUGUGGUCUGCAAAGGAAGAGAUUCUCACAUCUUGGUGGCACAGAGACAAAUUUCAGUGGCAGAAAGUGGAUUAGAGGCAUUCUGCCAGGCGUUCCAAUCCUACACAGAAAUCACAUCUGGACAGAGCAGCUGCCUACACGUAUCCGCCCACAAAAUGAUGUUGAGUGACACAUGCUUCAUCCUCUAUGAGUUCUGGCAAGAUGUGGCUUCAUGGAAAAGCCAUGUGCAAUCAGAAUCUAGUAUGAAGUUCCAACGUGCCAUCAUGGGCAUACUGGACUCGCCAGAACUCUUGACCACUAUGCUAUUUCCAGCAUCCUGGUGGAUCAUGAACAAUAACUGAGGUUCCCUCAAGAGAGCCAGCAUGUGGAUGGAUCAAGCACUACCGUUCAUAGAAAGCGUUCCUCCCUGAGUUGCUCUUCUUCAUCCUAUUCUCCUUCAAUGUUGCUUUCUUCCUCUGUAUUCAUGUGGAAUGCUUCCUUUUUUCUGCAACUGGGGGAAUGGGAAAGCGCUUUUGAAUGCAUCCUGCCUGAACAUCACCUGCAUCCUUCCUCCAUUUUGGCAUAGAAGUUUUAUAACAAAAUAGCCUUGCUAGCAUUUUGUCUAAAAGAACAAAAUAUCAUUGAGGAAUUAUGACUAGUGAUAGGAUAGUCAAUUGGCUGUCCAGUGUAACAUGGCAGUGCAAAAGUGGAACAUAAUCUAUAUGUUUUCAAAUGUUUUGACAGGGGAACCAUGUCUAUGUUUACUAUAAAAAUAACUUUCUUGUAUCAUAAGGGACUAUAGCAGGAUCACCUUAGAUUCUGUUCCCAUCCAAGUGAGUCAUGUUAAAGCCAGUCAUUGGUUUGUAACAAAUAACUAGUAUAGAAAUGUGAAAAAUAUGAUCCAUGUAAUAUGAAUUAUUUGACUGCAAUUCCCAUAAGUCCUGGCUAGCACAAGCUGAAGACCAGGAAGCUCUAGAGGAAGUUGCCCAUCCUUGGACUUGACUAUUUCCUCUGUAACCUGACCAGUUUCCUAAGGCGUUGCUUAUCAGACCUAUUCUUCUAGAUGCCAUAUCCAAAACAGAGAAUUCAUGUUCAAGUUUGUAAGUUUGCCUUCUUUGCGUUUUGAAGCUAUGUCCAAAUCCCUACUCAAAUAUGAGUUUUGACAGUGACUUUUAAAAUUUGAAAAACCAAAUAUGGAUCCUGGGACAUUGCAUAAAAUCCAAGACAUUGUAAAACUUCCUUUUCUUUUAAAAACAAUUCAUAUGAAAUAGAAAUCAAUUGAUUUUUUGACCGUAUCAGAAGAGACUUGAGAACAUCCUGCAAAUUGCUUCUGGUGUGAGAGAAUUGGCCGUCUACAGAGACGUUGUCCAGGGACGUCCAGCUGUGUUACCAUCCUGCUAGGAGGCUUCUCUCAUGUCCCCGUAAACUAGAGCUGACAAACAGGAGCUCACUCCAUCUUUUGGAUUCGAACCAGCAACCUUCAAGUCAGCAACCUAACCUUUAGGUCAGCAGUCCAGCUGGCACAAGGGUUUAAUAAUAACUUUAAUAACUUUAUUUUUUUAACCCAUUGCUCCACUGCAGCUCCAAUGCUCAAUUGAAUGUGAGUAUGUUUUUAUUUCAGCAUAGCUGAAAACAUAUAAUGGAGAUGAUGCUGUGUUUUAUUCCAGGAAUAGUCAACCCCUCUUUUCUCAGAGGCCAUUCACUUCUAUAAAUAAAAGCUUUAAUGCUCAACUGUAGUUUUAUGGAGAAACUAGAGCCUGGGGGCAUUUUUGAACUAAUGCUAUCAGAAUUUUCCAGCCAACAUGGGCAACUACCAUUUCAAUUAGAUUCUGAGAGCUGUUGUCCCCAAAAAGUAGCUUUUUUCCCAAGUUCUGACAUAAACGAACUUGGUUAGGUCUCAUAAUGAAAGUGAUAUCACUUUUGAUCUAGUAAGGGCUUCGCAACCAUGAAGAACAAGUACUCGGGCCAAAUGGGGCCACUGAACAUUUUCAUUUGUUUCUCCUAGUAUUCCAGACUGCUGUUUGCAUAAAGGAAGACUAUAAGUCUCCCCCUUUCUCAUGAAAUAAAAAUGAAUUGAUGGUGAUGGGGAGCAAGGAUGGACCAAUUUUGGCAUUUCAGUUUCACACCUUCCUCAUUCCCCAAUGGCAAAAUUGUUUCAGCCCACCUUUGCGUCAGUUUGCAAAUGCUAAAAAAUCCCUGAUGUCCACCUUAACAUUCAUAGAUAUGCAUUUUCUGUGAUUUCUCCCUUUUAAAAAAAACAUUUUAUAUGCACAUUUUCUGUUGAAUGCGCUUUUUGCAAGCAUUUUCCAUCAGUAUAAUGAAGUUUUUGUGCACCCUUUUCCUUAAUAUACUCAUUUUUUGCAGAUUUUUUAAAAGUUGUAAACCAGAUUGCAAAUGGCUGAAACCUGCAGAUUUCAAUUUGCAAGAGUGUGUUGGUUCACAUAUAAAUUCAGCAGGUUAUGUUCAUAUAAAAAUGCAGACCAGGCAAGUUACUGCUAUGUUUUAUUGAUUUGUUUUAUAUUGUUGUGUUUUUAUAUUGUCUGUAUCCACCUGGGCCUGGCGCCAUGUAAGCCGCUCCAAUUCCCUUUGGGAAGACAGAGGCGGGGUAUAAAAAUAAAGUUAUUAUUAUUAUUAUUAUUAUUAUUAUUAUUAUUAUUAUUAUUAUUAUUACCUCCCUAGUUGGGAUUUUCAUGGAAAAUAAACUGUUGGGGAAAGAGGAAGUAUUCCCUUCCCCAGAACAUCUUUUCUCAUAGUUGUUAGCAAAGGAAGAGGGGCUCUUAAGAUUUCCUUAUAUUCAGCUUUAGUGUAAGCUUUGGUUGCACUUAUUAGGGAAGAAAAGAGUACAUUGAAAACCCUUCCGGGCAUAUGUAUAUCACAUAUGCCAUUUAGGUUUGAUCAUAAUCCCCUUUUCUGGGAAUUGUGGGACUUUGAGGGGAGGAUCCUGUGCCUCUUGCAAAAUUCCCAGCGUCUUCAUCAAACCGCCAUUCCCAGGUUUCUUUGGGAGAGCCUGAACAGGCUGUUGUGCUGUUGUAAUUCUCUGGCUGAUCGUUGUCAACAGGCAGCCCAGCAGCACUUAAUGGACCUUUCAAAAAUGAAUUCUAAACAAAACAUCACUUUCUCAAAAUCUGUGGUUCCAAGCUUUACCAUUGGUAUGUUCUUUCCCCAUACAAAUAAGGGGUGCUGUUUAUUUUUAAAGCAAAGAAAAAGAGGAAACUUUUGAUCCCAAAGCCGGAAAGUUGCUUAUCCAUUUUACAAAAGCCUGGUUAUUUUUUUAUUCCUCUUGUGUAUAUGCAAGGCUCUGUCUGUACUCAGUAACCAAACAUAGCUGUAUCUCCCAUUUCUUCAUCUCUUAAUAAACACUUCCCCACUCCUGCA